AUGCAGCAAGCUGACCUGUUGACAAAGGGAAAGGAGGUGAAUACAAAACCAAGCCUCGCAUCAGGCGCAUCGGCUUCGAGCCAUCUUCUAAAGAUCCCUCCUGAAGUCCGCGACUACAUCUACGACCUGAUGCUUGCCUUCGAAUGUCGAGAUCACUUAAACUUGCUGUGUGUGAACAAGCAGGUAUACGGUGAAGCGAGGGGCUCAUUCUUUCGCCGGCCGCUUGAUUGCAAAUCUCAGGACGAUCUUGGCGAUUUUACGAACACCUGGCCAUACAGGGUGCAACAAAGCAUCACCAAUCUUAAGCUGAGGCUAGAAGAGGUCAAACCUCAGGCUGUGGCACCUUGGAUUACCGGCCAAGCUGCACAACAUCCAUAUCUCAUGGAGAUCCAUCGCAUAACAUCUGCACUAGCGAAACUGCCCGGAGUGACGCAUCUGUCACUUCUACGGCCUUCGGAGGCUGGCAAGAAUACACCCUCGAGCAUCGUCAUGACUCAAGUUCUCAACUGGAUAGCAGAGCACUAUGCUAAGCUUCAUGUGCUGAAGCUCGAGAUUGAGCAAUGUCAUAUUGGCUGUCUCGGUUCUAUCAAGGAGCUACAAUCACUACAAUUUAGCGGGUUCUCAGAGACAAGUCCAACGAGAACGACGGAAGUGCUCAGCAAGCUGACAAGUCUUGAGCGUCUUUCAGUCGUCGGACCGCCUCGCGGCCUCCUGAUGCGCCAGAGGUUCGGAUACCAGACCAGGAUCACGCAGUCCGCCAUUCAUCAACUGUUAGAGCGGAUAAGACCAUUGAAGCAUCUGACCUUGACUCAAGUCACGGAUCCAAGGACAGAUGUGAGCAUUUUUCUGAAUUUGAAGACGAUGAAGGCAUUGUAUGAUCAUCACCGCGAGAGCCUCAAAGUGCUCAAGAUAUCCUCCAGCACAACCCCGACUCCAGCUUUUGUCGAGUUCCUCUCAGCCUUCUUACUUGACACGCCGAAUAUGCAGGAGCUUAGCUUGACGUGGCCAAACAUGGAAAUUACUCUGGUCGACUACAUCUCACGCUCGGUUCGCAGGCUGGAGUUUGCCAUAGGUUCGACCGAACAAGCCAAAGCCAUUGUUGACCGACUUGUGCUCAUGCAAUACCGCCUGCGAUACUUGCAGCGGAUAAAAUUCAACAUCAUCAACGAAGGAAUAGAAAAGUCAAUUGAGGAAGAGGACAAAUGGGGCCUAUUCAAUUUCUCCUUGCCAAUUCAGAAUCUAGCAGCGUAA